AUGGGUUUUACCAAAUCUCCGAUGAUUUAUCUUCCCCCUGCCGAUCUGGGCCAAGAAGAGGCAAUCUUUUGGGUGCUCACGCACUUAAAAGAUUUCCAAGAGAACUCUGAUAAUCUCUUCAAGCGCAUCACAUCGCGAAUAGAUGCAGUGAAUAGUUCUUGCGAGGAGUUGCAGUCGAGGUUGGAGGUGGUGAAUCGAAAAGUGAAAUCCUUACAACAAGCAAAUACUACGGGUGUUUUGACGUGCCUUUCUACUUUUCCGGAUUCCAAAUAUGUGCCUUCUGCUGAUCUUCUCAUACCUUUCAACACAAGUGAAAGAAAAUCUGUUUUCAAACCGAACGUUCGUUCUACGAGCGUCGUAGAUAUGAGACGUGAGUUAGAGGAUAGAAAGCGGUUUUACCUCCCCAAUCAACUGGAUCAGCACUCAUCUGCCAAAGUUACAGAGACUCCAAUGCCGAGGAAGGUGGCCACGUUUGCAGACAUGUUUUUCUGUGGGACAGAUGAACUUACAUCUGGUAAGAAAAUCAAAAGCUCUAGUACGGAGCGACGAAGGAAUGGAACUAUUGUAACUACGUCGAGUGCUCCCGAAGACGUAGUGGACACUUCAGUCAUCAGUGGGGAUUUGCAUCGAAUCGCAGAUCCACUCGAAUACAUUCCAGAAGCUGGUCCCAUUGAAGAUUUGGAUCUGCCUAAUAUUCUUCCUGAUUUGCCUGGCAUCGCGGAGGAUCUUGCUCUGCCAGACUUCGACGACAUUCUACCGUCAAUCAUUCCUGAUAUUCCUCAAAUUAUUGCUGAGCCAGAGAUCUCAAAAGAUGCAGAAACAAUCAUCAGCCAAGCAAGUAAUUCAACAUCAAAUACGACUAAAUUCGACGAAAGUGAAGCCGGAGGCACAAAGGUAGAGGCCAAGAUGACGACUGAGUCGAAACUGGAUACACCCCUAGCAGCUCCGAAAGAAGUCCCAUUGGCGCCAACAACUACCACAGUUCCUGUGCUUGCACCUGCACCACCUCCACCGCCACCACCUCCUCCUCCACCUCCGUCAUUGCUUAGCCCAACGCCUGCACCUACGCAGCCUCCGCCUUUGUUGGCUCAAGAUAAUGACCGGGCCGAUCUGAUGGCUGCGAUCCGCGCAGCCGGAGGUGCUGGAAAGGCCAAGCUAAAAAGUGUCGCAAGUCAACGUCGGUCUGUGAAGGAAAGCGAGUCACUCAGUUCAUCAGCUUUGUCGGAGAAGAGCUCCACAGGCGGCAAUAGUCUCAUGAUGUCUCUGGCAAAAGCUCUGGAAGCUAGAAGAAAAGCCAUCUCUGGUAUGAAUCCCAACCCAGCCUCUGCUGUCCCUGACAGCUCUAAGGGAAUUGAUGACGGCAAAAACGAUAUUGACGAUGAUUGGAAAUGAAACGGGUACUCAGAUACUGCAUUCCGAUGAUAUGUAUCCACAUUUGUAUGUUUUAUGUGUAGCUAAUAAAUAUGUACCAUAGAA